CAUAUAUGUACGGAUUUCGGGAGUUGCCAUCCUGAUUUGUACCAAUUUUUUGUUAUCGAUUCCAACCUUGCCCGACUUAUCGUUAGUGCCAUCGCUGUGCUCUCACCUCUAGAUUUCAAGGCGAUCAGAACCGUCAUGGACUUCGCGAGCGUGCUCGGUAAAAGCGAGGCGCAUCAGCGCACCAUUAUCCACCUGGACAUGGACUACUUCUACGCUCAGGUGGAGGAGAUUCGGGAUCCAACGCUGCGAUCAAAGGCUCUGGGGAUUCAACAGAAGAACAUCGUGGUCACCUGCAACUAUGUGGCGCGGGCCAAAGGGGUGACGAAAUUGAUGCUCAUCGCCGAGGCACAGCGCAUCUGUCCCGAUUUGGUUUUGGUCAAUGGAGAGGACCUCACACCGUAUCGGCAGAUGUCGCAAAGAAUCUUUGACCUUCUGCUCAACUACACUCCCCUAGUGGAGAAGCUUGGUUUCGAUGAGAACUUUAUGGAUGUGACUGCACUGGUAGAACUGCGACAGGCUCACGUAGCUGAGGCCCAGACUAAACCACCGGUGGGUCACACGUAUCCGGCGGAUGGCACUCCCUUGUCAAAUUGCGAUUGCGGCUGUGCCCAGCGGCUGGCCAUCGGCACUCGGAUUGCCCAGGAAAUCAGGGAGGAACUCAAGCUCCGGCUGGGAAUUACCUGCUGCGCUGGAAUCGCCUAUAACAAGCUGCUGGCCAAGCUGGUCGGCAGUAGUCAUAAACCUAAUCAGCAGACCGUUCUUGUUUCCACCUAUGCAGAGCAGUUUAUGCGGGAACUGGGCGACCUAAAGCGAGUCACUGGGAUUGGUCAGAAGACGCAGUGCCUUCUCCUGGAGGCGGGUAUGUCAUCCAUUGAGCAGCUGCAGCAGUGCGACAUGGACGUAAUGCGGAAGAAAUUCGGAUUUGAAACUGCCACCCGACUGCGAGAUCUGGCCUUUGGCCGUGACACGAGCUCAGUCCGUCCCACCGGAAAACCCAAGACCAUUGGAAUGGAAGAUGCCUGUAAACCAAUAUCCGUACGAACCGAUGUGGAAGAAAGGUUUCGCAUGCUGCUCAAGCGGCUGGUGGAGCAAGUUGCAGAGGAUGGCCGCGUACCCAUUGCCAUCAAGGUGGUGCUACGUAAGUUCGAUUCCCAGAAGAAGACCAGCCACCGUGAGACCAAACAGGCAAACAUUCUACCCUCCCUCUUUAAAACCUCCGUGUGUCCAGGAGAAACAGGAGUAAGCAAGGUACAACUGGCAGACGGAGCCCAGGAAAAACUUCUCAAGAUUGUGAUGCGACUUUUUGAGCGAAUAGUUGAUAUGAGCAAGCCCUUUAACAUUACUCUACUGGGCCUGGCAUUUUCCAAGUUCCAGGAGCGCAAGGUUGGCUCCUCAUCAAUUGCAAAUUUUCUGAUCAAGAAGGCGGAUCUGGAGGUUCAGUCUAUUACCUCACUCACAAAUACGAGUCUCACAAGUCCUACAGCGGAGAGUCCCACAUCAGACGAAUGCGCCUUCCGCUCCUCGCCAACAACAUUCAAACCAAGCGAUCAGUUCUAUAGGAGAAGAGCCACAACUGCAUCGCCAGUGCCCAUGCUGCUUGAUAAUGGUUCAGAAUCAGCGGCCACCAAUUCGGAUUUCAGCGACUUCUCUGAGACUGAAGUAGAACCCUCGCCGAAAAAGAGUCGCAUUGGCCGAUUGUUAGUAUCUAAGCGCAGCCGCUUGGCGGCGGAUGUGGGAGAUUCCGCCGCCGAAGUAGCUUCGCCCAGCAAACUGCGCGUCUGUGAUCUGCGUCUGAACUCGCGUGAUAGCGAGAAGGACUUCCCCAUGAGCACCACGCCGUCUACCUCUUCGUCCGCGCCUGCUCCUCGUUUCCGAACCGUCCAGCCACCAAACACUUUGCUGCAACGGAUUGACGGCAGUUUACGCUUUGUAACGACACGCACUGCUAGUCGCUUGAGCUCAAAUGCGAGUUCUACGGCCUCCUCUCCGCUUCCUUCUCCAAUGGACGACUCCGUGGCAAUGAGCGCACCUAGCACACCAACCUUGUCGUUUCCCUCAUCCACCACGACUGCGGCGGCCACCAACACGAGUAGUACGGCAACGUGUGAUGCCCUAACGAAUAUAGCUUGUCCAGCAGGUGUGGAUGCCGAGGUGUUCAAAGAGCUGCCCGUGGAGUUGCAGACCGAGUUGAUCGCAUCGUGGCGCAGCUCCCUGGUGGCGGCUGUGGAGCAAACGAAUGGGACCGGUGCCACUACAAGCGCAGCUAUUGCCAGUGGAGCCCCAGCAACUGCCACUACCGCUAGCGGUCAGAAAAACACUUUGUAUCGCUACUUUCUUCGGAAUAAGUGAUGCAGUGCAUCCGAGCAUCACAUCGUUUAUAGUUAUAAGAGCAAAGAGAAUAAAUUUGUUUAAAUAUAUGAUAUAUUUUUGUAGGUAUACGGUUACAAGCGUUAGGGCGUCGCUUUGGAUAAACUUAAGCUAGGAUACAUAAAUAAGGUAGUAGUAGAUUUCUAGACCUGAAUGAGUAAAUUGGUUAAGUUUAUAAUAUAAAAGAACAUCAUUAGAAAAGCGCUAGAAAGUGCUCGUUAAACAUGUUUUAAUCUUCACAAGUGUAUAAAACAUUCCAAAUGUGUUAACAUUUUAAAUAUUAAUAUUUUUUUAUUCCAGCAUUGUUUUCCAUUCCUCAGUUAUAUUAACUAUGCACUUGCAAGACAUUGAAUAUUAAACUCUUGGCUUUUAAUGAAUUACGUUCAA